AUGAGAAGCGGACGAGCGAGGGAGCCGCGAAGGGCGCAGCCGCAGCAAGGCAGUGCGGGCAAGAGCAAAGGCGCACCACGCGCCAAAGACGUCUUUCUCUCUGCGAAGGCCCUCAGCUUGCACGACGGGCCUGUGCCGCAAAGCUCAAAGUGCCAUGACGACACAGCAUCGGACAUGGCCGCGCCUUCGGUGGCAUCUUCGGCUGCGACGGCGGCGACCGCUCAAGUUCAGCUGAAUCUUUCGGCGGCAGCGCAGGCAGAUGGAAGCGUUGUGCAUCGGCACGCGGGCGUGACUGUCGUCACCGAUGCGAAAGGUCUGGACGUCAUUACAGUCUGGGCGGAUCGCUCCCCCGGGGCGCGGCCUCGGUCGUCCUUCGAGCUGCUGCCGGACGUCAAGCUGGGACUGCGUGUGCCCGCUGACCUGCGUGGCUUUCUUGGUCUGCGGGCUUUCGCCACAAGCGAGGAGGUGCGCGCGCAUCUGAUGCACUCGAUCGAAAAGGCCGGCCUCACCUCUCCGAACGACGCGCUGAGCGAGGCCGUCGCCCUCUCCGGCUGGCUCAAGGCGCUCUGGUGCCGUGCCAACAAUCUCGCGCCGGCUUGGGGCGAGAUCGUGGACCACGUCCUAGAGGCGAAGCCGACGCUCGCCGAGGACCCCGAUCGCCUCGCCAUAGAGCUUCGGUCCGGAUGGCAAAAGCUGCCGCUGCCGAAGUCGCUGCAGCGUCGCCUCAGGUCCAACCCGCCACCGCCGCCACCCGACGUGUCUGAUUGCGCAACGCUCUCGGGCGCGCCGCUGCGCAUCGGCUUGAAGGAGGUCUUGUCCCUCUUGGCUGCGCGCCUGGAGGCCGCCCACGAGCUCGACGGCAGGGCGUGCCCCGGCCUGCCUCCGCUGAUCGAAGUCAGCAGCCAGCAGCGCAAUCACGUCGGCCGCGGCCGCGGGCGUGUGGGCGCGCGCCAUGGCUGGGUGCAUGUCGAAGGGGCGUUCCCGGGUUUGCCGCUCGACGAGGUCUGCUCCAUCCUCUCCAAGGCGUGCAGCUGCAGUGUGACGCCCCGCCCGGCCAAGUACGAGGGUGAAGUGGCGCUCAUCCUCGCCGCGGUGCCUCCCGCGGACGAGCAGGCGGUCGAUGCCCUUGUCGGCGCUGGCAUGGCGCGCGCGUACAUCCUGCGCCACCCGCCAGAGCUGCCGCCGACGCCGGGGCAGCGAGGAGGACGUGGCGAGCGGCGAGCGUCGCGCCGCACGGGAAACUGGGCACCUGCUGACCGCGCGGGCGAGCGAGGGCAGCAGGAGGCGGAGGAGGAGGAGAAGGCGCACGCCGGAGGCACGGCAGAGCCGGAGCCGGUGGAGGAGGGCCACGGCUGCAGCGACGGGUUUGCGGACGCCUCGCACGACAAGGGUGGUGCGAAGCGAGGGCCGGACUUGUGCUGCGGCAUGGCGGGCGACGACUUCAGCGCCUUCGUGUAG